AUGAAGAUUUUCUUCGUCUUGACCUUACUCCUUUCUGCCCUUAUCGGUUUGGACCAAGUCCGUGAACGAUUCUACAUUUUCGAUCAAAAGGUGCUCGAACGAGUUGCUCAAGAAAACAUUGCCAAAUACCCUAAUGACAGCCGUGCCAUGUUCCAUGCCAUUGCCGCUGAUCUCGACAAGGAGUACCCUGGGCAUGUUGAAUUGAAAGAAGAAUGGGUGUUCAACAACGCUGGUGGUGCCAUGGGCUCCAUGUGGAUCUUGCACGGUUCCAUUACCGAAUAUGUCAUCAUCUUUGGUACCCCCCUUGGUACAGAAGGUCACACUGGCAGAUUCCUUGCUGAUGAUUACUUUAUUAUCCUGGAAGGUGAACAAUGGGCAUAUGCUGCCGGCGAGGUUGAACGUGAGGUCUACAAGCCUGGUGAGAUGCAUCAUUUGCCCCGCGGCCAUUGUCAACAAUACAAGAUCCCUGAGCACGCCUGGGCUCUGGAAUAUGCUCGUGGAUGGAUUCCUUUGAUGCUUCCUUUCGGUUUCGCUGACAGCUUCUUCUCUACUGUCGAUUUUAUCAGCGUCGGUAACCAAGUUCGUCUCUAUGGCAAGGCACUUAUUGGUGAAUUGUUCAAGGGCAAGAUCUAA